UAACAGUCAAAAGUGAGAGAAGACUGAGUCAAUGACUAAUAAGAGUCUCUGCCUCUUUUUCAUAACCCAAUACAAUUAGAAUUUACUAGGAAAAUGAACCUACUUUCUUUCUUUUUUGUCUCUCUAUGACUCAUUUUCCUUGCAGGCCUUUGAAGCUCUUUCUCUCUCUCUCUUUUUGAAAUUGCAAAAGUAAAAGAAAGAAAGAGAAAGAGAGAGAGAGAGAGAGUAAAAGAAAGAAAGAAAGAAAAACCCAAACACUAUUCAAAGAUGAAAAAAAGAAGCAGAAGCAAUCAGUUUCCAAGAUAUCCUUUUUUCCAUCUCUGAAGCAAUCAAAACCAGCCGCUCCAUCCCCCAUAAUAAACCAUCAUUAAAUAUAUUACCGUUUCGAAUUUCAAAAAUUCACCACUGAAAAUACUGCAAAUCGUUUUCAGUAUAUAAAGGAAGGAUACAAAAAAAUAAAAAAUUGAAAACAGCAAGCGAGAGAGAGAGAGAGAGAGAGAGAGAGAGAGAACAACUUUCUGACCUCUAAAGAUGGCAGCUCUGCAGAAAUUCAAGCUUCUUGCAACCCAGUGCGGUGUGACGCAGUCUCCAACUCGGAGUCCGAGAACAUCACCGCUCGUUCAGCUCCGUCGCCGGAAAACCACCCUGAGGAUGCUUCUCACUCGGAGUACCGGCCGCCGAUCGCCUCGCCGUAGGGAAUCUCUGGCUUAUCAGUUGCGGCCGGAACCUCUGCCAGAGAAGAGGAACGAGAGAGAGAGCCAGAGCGAGAAGGUUUUGGCGCCGCCGAGGCCGAGUCUCAAGGACCUGUUCGUGUCUUCGCCGCCAUUCGAAGGUGAAAGAGGUCGCGACGACAAUUUCAAGGAGAGGGGCUUCGGAGGAGAAAAUCGAGAGCUUGGUUUGGUUUGUAAAGGAAUUUAUGGCAGUUCGACCGGUUGGCAAUACGGACCGGGUUCACCCAGACCGGUUUGGACGGGUUUGCGUUACAAGUCGUUAUUGAGGAGGGCUUGGCGCCCAGUUCUGGUUACUAUUCCUGAAUCCUGAAAAGUAAAUUGGUAAUCGGAAAUUAUUAAUAAAUAAAAGUAAAAAUUUCCCUCCAAUUUUCAGUAUGAUUUCUAUUGUAUAUUUAGCUGUCAAGUUAAAUCUUAAAAUAAAAAAUUAUGGAAGCACAAUUUUUUUUUUUC